AUGAUUGAGGCAAAAUUUUGCACAAACCAACUGCAAACUUCCAGCAGGGAGCCAGUGAUGCUGGUUGAUGUCAAUGACGAUGCCCUACAGUGGCACACUCAACCAUCUUCCAGGAAGCAUUCCUUCCUCAUCGGCAGCAGAGUAGCUAGCCAGAGAAAAAAAACCAGUUCGAAAUUAAAACGAAAAAAAUACAUCAUAAACUACAAGUGUGGAAAGCCAGAAACUUUUAAAAUUUCACAACAAAUUAGAAAUGCAACUUGUGUUCUAAGAAAAAGCGCAAGAUUAGAAAAUCUAAAUGCACACGAACUUGAUGAAGACGGUGCUCCCAAAUAA